AUGCCCCCUAUCGCCGUAUCCAUGGGCCUUCCUGUCACCGGUCAUGCCGACUCUGAAUACUUUCUUUGUCCAGUAUGUCCUGACCCCGUCAAAGGCACCUAUUUCACCAGCCGAUCGCUCGCUCAGCAUUGUACGAAAAAGCACCGCAUCAAAUGCACCGUUGUCUGGCACUGCUACGAUUGUCCGCGCACUUUCGGUUCUCGCUCUGACUUUGUCCAGCAUCCCUGCGUUCGAAACUUUUUUGAACCGCACGCUCUACGCGUUCCGCCAUUGCACCGACCUGGUCCCGGUAAUCUACCUAUUGACGACUUCCCUGCUCCCACGACAUCGACAUCGUUUUCCUGUCCCGUCUGUCAACGACUAUACAACAACCCCUCGCGCUUGCAAGAACAUUAUACAACCACUCACCACAACUACUUGCGGAGCGACUGGGACUUGCCCACGCUCCUGUGA